GCUGCGGCAAGCAUCUACUCCUACUCACCAGGAUCUUUCCUAGACUUCUUCACCCAUCUUGCAGUCUUCUGCUUUCGCAACAUUCCUCAGCUGUCUUCUCUGCAUUUGGCCUUGGACGUAUCGGUCAUAAUUUGUACAGUCUGAACUGAAUCUACAGAAAAGGCAUCACAGCGCCAUCAUCGGGAGAUAAGUAAGAUCAAGAGAAGGGCAGAUAUUGAAGGAUAUAUCUUGAUCUGGCGCAAGCCGGCAUAAGCUGGCAGGCAGACCUGAGGAGGAGCGUCAUAUAGCUAUAAAACAAACGGAUUCUUGAUUCUGUGUCUGUGGUGAAUGAGAGAGGGGGCAUUCACUUCUACUUUGACACUUCACUUUCUUUGAGCUAAAAACUCAGUAUUUUCUGCUAUUCGCAAAAUCCUUCUAUUGUCAAAAGAGAAUCUAAAGACAAUCAUUAUCGCUUCACAACAGCAUAGAUAUGUCGUACCCAGCCGACGAACCCCCAGAGCUUGUUCUUGCGUUUAGGGAAGCGCUAGAAGACUUGCAGCGAAAUGACCAGUAUGAGAUUGAAAAUCUGAGAGUGAUUGCGAAGGAAGCCACAGAGCAUGCUCAAGCUAUCAGCCAGGAAGUUGAAACACACAUCCGCAAGACUCGGCCAGAGUACAAACUACCAGGCUUAUAUCUCCUCGACUCGCUUGUCAAGCAUAUUGGCACACCAUAUACCGUCUACCUCAGCCGAAACCUCUAUCGUACCUUUUUUGACGCAUAUACAGUCGUAGAUAACAAUACCCGGAGGGCGAUGGAAGAACUUUUUCGAAGCUGGCUGCAGCCAGUGCCAGAGUCUCGAGAUCCUCGCCCAGUAUUUCCCCCGGAAGUUACGCAGCCGAUUGAAGCAGCAUUGUCUAAGAUGCGAGGGAUUGACCAGCGAUCAAGGGAAGCUGUUCAUGGAAGUCAAAGCCAGAAGAUGAAUGCAGUGCCUCCUCAUGUGACUAACAUAGCGCAGCCUGGACGUACACCCACGCCGACUGGCCAGUAUGGCUAUCAGCCACCUUCUCAGGUAUCUCCGCAGGGCUUUCCAGGCAUACAGAAUAUACCAUAUCAAAGUCACCCACCACCGUACGGAGCUCCUGUACGUUCCCCAGUUCCGCAAAAUGUAGCUUCGUCACUGCAACCGGGAUCUAUGGGAAUCAACCAGUCGUUCCAACCGCCUUCACUUCCCCAAAACGUCAAUUCUGUCAAUUAUGUAUAUUCUGGUCCUCCUCCACCUACCAUGUCUCACCAGGCGCGACUUGAAAAGCUGAGAUAUGAUGUGCAAGGCUUGCUGGACUCCGUACGCGUUCAUCUUGCCCACUACCCUCACGACCAGGAAAAGCUCAAGCUCCAACAGAAUCUGCAAAGUUUAAAGUCAUUGUUGGACAACGGAUCGCUCUCGCUUACACAUAUACAAAGUACGGAAAUAGUAGUGGCGAAUAUAGCUCGUGAUCUACCGUUCCGCCCUCCUACAGCUACAGUCCCUACUCCUACACCCGCUCCUGCUCCCGCUCCCGCUCCCGCUCCCACACCACAACCCCAGCCUACCUUGAAUCUGAAUCCCUCAGUGAUUGCAUCGAUCUUAGCCCUAGGUACUCCACAGCAGACUCCGCAUCAAGCGGUACAGCCACAGGCAUAUGUGCCCCCACCUGUCACAUCAACAAUGCCUUAUUCUGCAGCAUAUCCAGCGACUGCGCCGUCUCACCCCACGUCUGGGCUGCCUGUGGCAGCAGUUAACAGCGCAAUGUCGCAAAUAAAACCAAACGUGCCAUCUCCAGCAGCUGGCCCUCCCCCGCCAGCGGUUGUACCCGCAUCGGCCCUGUCAAUCCUUGAUCAGCUACGGGCAUCUGGCAUCCUAGGAAGCAUGUCAGCACAAAGCACUCCCGUCCAGGUCCCAGCAGCUUCUUCCAUUCUUUCACAAUUGAUGCAACCUCAAGCAGGAGCUCAAGGGAUGAACGAUGUGAGACUAGAGGCGAAUUCUCUCAAAUUGCCCCGUCCACAUCUGAUAAGACAGCUGUACGAAGACAAACCGGACCAGUGUCGUCAGUGUGGAAUGAGAUUUCCGGACACGGCACAGGGGAAGAAGGCGAAGGGCGUGCAUAUCGACUGGCACUUUCAAAUCAACACUCGGGUGCAGGAAAGCAAGCAGGGAGCUGUUAACCGCAGCUGGUACAUCGACGAGCGCGAUUGGAUCAGCUACAGAGAAGAAUUGAGUGGCUACUCGGGGAUUGUGACGGAGAGCACGUCAGGCCUGCGGAAGAACGCGGCGAAGAAGGAAGUGAAGGAAGCAUUCGUUUUUGUGCCCACAGACGCGCGCUAUGUAAACCUACCGUGCUCGAUAUGCCAGGAAAAGUUUGAGCAGGGCUGGGAUGAGGAGACGCAGCAGCCGACAUGGAGGGAUGCAGUGAAAAUGGGCAGCAAGUACUACCACGCUAGCUGCUAUGCUGAAGUUACAAAGGGGGCUGCUGCGGCGACGGCGGCGGCAUUGGCUAGUGUUGGCAUGGAGCGCACUGCUAGCUCGUCCGCGCGAAGUACUCCAGACCCCGUGCUAGGCAAGAGGCGAUUUGAUGAUUUCAGACUUGACGCCGCUGCUACGUAGCCAGCCGCCAAUUUUCUUUUCCCUUUCCGUGUGAAAUUCGUAGCUUAGACAAGGUUGUUCUUUGCCACCGCAGAGAAAGAGGGCAAGCCGUACGUGUAUAAGUGGCCGAUCAGGAGCAGGACCGGCGAGAGAUUCUCGCUUCGCGCUGUGUGAGGCUUUGAAAAAUAAAAGCUCUAUGACGGAUCUGGAGGGGAGAGAGUGGCGAGCGUUGGACUCGAGGCCAACCGUAGUCGACGCAGGUACGGCGCGGACGGCAGAAUGGAAGCUGUCCAGCGAAACAGCCGAUCAAGGUCCGAACCGGAAGACAGCCUUUUGCGCGGGCGAUGAGGGGCAGCGCCUUUGCAGCCAGAGAGCGUCAGCCAGGAGCAGGCCCGCUGGAGUCGGACAGGUAGAGAGACGCGGCCGAUGUAGAUAGCAACAGAUUUAAGAAAAAACAAUGGCGACACAUCAUGGUUUCUCGUGCGGAGAAAGCGAGCAGCGGACCACGACCAUCACGACCACCA